CGCUCGAUUGGCCGUGACCCUGAGGAGUGGGAGGGGCGGAGCUGAGCGGCCUCGGCCAAUCACGGCCGAGGUUGCUGCCGCCUGAUGAGGCCCAACAGCGGGGCACCCGGAGCGGCUGUCCCGGGGGUCUCCUCCGCCGUGCCGCGACCCCCCCCCCCCCCCCACUGCGUUGUGAGUUCCUUGGUCUCUGAGCCUCUGCGUCUUGGGCCCUGGUGAGUCCAUCAGUUUCGAGUCUCCUGGCGUCUGCGACCCUGAGCCUUGGACCCCCGGCGGCUCCCCGAGUCCCCGAGUCUCAGGGGGCCUGGCCGGCGAUGUCGCGCCCCGCGUGGUGGGGAGAGAGGCACCGCGCCGAGCUGGACGCGAUCUUCUUCCCGCGGGGGCCUCUGAGCGGCCUCCCCGAGCCCGGCUCCGCGCGCCACUCGGACUUUUGGCUCUUCCUGGACCGCUUCCAGGCGCGGCAGGGCUCCCAGCCCGGGCAGCCCGGGCCCGGCCCAGCGGCCACGGGUGGCGCGCUGGGCCUCCCCGCCGUCUACGACCGACAAGACCGCAUCAACGUGGCGCUCGCCGUGCCCGGCCUCGCGGAGCGGCUGGCGAGGCCAGCUCGUCGGGGAGGCGGGGACCGGAGUGGGGAGGAGCGCGGUGUGAGGGGCGAGAGGGGGGACCUGGGUGGGAUUGAAGAGCGGAGAUACCGGGGCGAGCGGGGAGACGGAAGCAGCAGGGGCGAGAGGAGCGAGAGAAGAGAGGCGAGGGGCGAGCGGGGAGAGCGGUGCCGGUCCGGACGCUGGGACCAGCGGCCUGCAGGCGAGGGGGGCCGGGAGGAGGAGCAGCAGCAGGAGCAGGAGGAUGACGGCCUGACCCCGGCUCGCCUGCGCGAGUUCCAGGCCGUGCUGCUCCACUACGUGGACUUCUGCCAGAAGCAGCGGAUGAGCCGCCUGUCCAAGCUGCGGCGGGACCAGAGGAACCUGCCCAUCCACGAGUACAGGGAGCAGCUGGUGGAGCUGGUGCGCGCCCACCAGGUGGUGGUGGUGGCGGGGGACACGGGCUGCGGCAAGUCCACGCAGGUGCCCCAGUACCUGCUCUCGGCAGGGAUGAGCCGCGUGGCGUGCACGCAGCCGCGUCGCAUCGCCUGCGUGUCCCUCGCCAAGCGCGUCUCCUACGAGAGCCUGGGCGAGCACGGCUCCCAGAUCGGGUACCAGAUCCGCUUCGAGACGUCCAAGACGGCCGCCACCAAGGUGCUGUUCCUCACCGAGGGCCUCCUGCUGCGCCAGAUGCAGACGGAGGGCUUCAUGUCGCGCUACGACGUCCUCAUCCUAGACGAGGUCCACGAGCGCCACCUGCACUGCGACCUCCUGCUCGGCGUGCUGCGGGAGCUGCUGCCCCUGCGAGGAGACCUCCGCCUCGUGCUCAUGUCGGCCACCAUCAACAUCCAGCUGUUCUCGCGCUACCUGGGCGGCGCGCCCGUGCUGCAGGUGCCGGGCAGGCUCUACCCCAUCCAGGUCGUCUACCGGCCCGUCCCCGAGGAGGAGAAGACGGGCAAGUCGGAGAGGAUCGACCCGCGGCCCUACCUGCGCAUCAUGCAGAGCAUCGACCACAAGUACCCGGCCGACGAGCGCGGCGACCUGCUCGUCUUCCUCAGCGGCAUGGCCGACAUCGCCCGCGUGGCCGAGGCGGCGCAGAGCUACGCGGUGGAGACGAAGCGCUGGGUCGUGCUGCAGCUGCACUCCACGCUGUCCGCGGAGCAGCAGGACAAGGUGUUCGACCUGGCCCCGGAGGGCGUGAGGAAGUGCAUCGUGUCCACCAACAUCGCCGAGACGUCCGUCACCAUCGACGGAGUGCGCUUCAUCGUGGACUCGGGCAAGGUGAAGGAGAUGAGCUACGACCCCAAGGCUAAGAUGCAGCGGCUGCAGGAGUUCUGGAUCAGCCGCGCGAGCGCGGAGCAACGCAAGGGCCGCGCGGGGCGCACGGGGCCCGGGGUUUGCUUCCGCCUGUACGCCGAGUCGGAGUACGACGCCCUGGAGCCGUAUGCCGUGCCCGAGGUCCAGCGCGUGCCACUUGACUCGGUGGUGCUGCAGAUGAAGAGCAUGGGGCUGGGAGACCCGCGCCUGUUUGGGUUCCUGGAGCCACCCCCGGCUUCCAGCCUGGAGACGUCCAUGCAGUUCCUGCAGGAGCAGGGAGCAUUGGACGAGCAGGAGGAGCUCACGCCGAUCGGGCGCGUCCUGGCCACGCUCCCACUGGACGUGCUCACGGGGAAGAUGCUGCUCGUGGGCUGCGUGCUGGGUGCGGUGGAGCCGGUGCUCACCAUCGCGGCCGCCAUGAGCGUGCAGUCGCCCUUCCACCGCAGCGCCCACACGAACCCCGACUGCUCCCGCGCACGCCGCUCGCUCGAGAGCGACCACGGCGACCCGCUCACCCUGCUCAAUGUGUUCAACGAGUGGGUGCAGGUGAAGUCGGGCGGUCAGGUGCCAUCACGCAAGUGGUGCAAGAGGCACGGGCUAGAGGAACAGCGCCUCUACGAGAUCGCCAACCUGCAGCGCCAGUUCAAGGAGCUGCUGGUGCAGUUCGGGCUGCUGGGUGGCGGGGAGGAGCCUGUGCGGGACAGCGUGCAGCGGGUGCGGCAGCACGGGGAGCGGCGCCGCCUGCACCAGCUGCGGCGUGAGCACGAGCAGCGCGGCCCCCAGAAGCGCAAGCUGCUGCGGCUGCAGGACGGGGGCCUCGAAGAGGAUGACGGCGGCGAUGACGGGGAAGACGACGGCGCCAGCGGCUCCAGCAAAACCAUCGACAUCCAGGACGUCAAGUUCAAGCUGCGCCACGACGUGGGCCGCCUGCACGCCUCCUCGCAGAGCUCGCGGGGGCUGUCGCGGCGCCAGCUGAGCGUGCUGAAGAUGGUGCUGUGCAGUGGCCUCUACCCCCAGCUGGCGAUCCCCGAUGAGUGCAACGCUGCCAGGAAGGACUCGGAUCAGGUGUUCCACACGCGGAGCAAGCCGUUCGUCGUGCUGCACCCCACCGCGGUGUUCGCCAACAGCCCCGAGCUGCUGGCCCCACCCGAGGAGCGCGAGGACACGCGUCCCGUGACGGCGGCGCCACGGAAGUCCGGGCAGAGCCACCGGCACCAGCUGCUGGCGUACGCCUCGCUGCUGGAGACGACCAAACCCUACCUGGUGAACAGCAUGCGCGUGCCGGCGCUGCAGGCCCUUCUGCUGUUCGCGCGCUCGCUGGACACGAGCGCCGACUGCCGGCGCGUGGUGGCCGACGGCUGGCUGGAGCUGUCGCUGGGGGACGCCGAGCAGGCGCAGCAGGCGCUGUGGGCCGCGGUGCAGCAGCGCGAGUCCUGGGAGCGGCUGCUGCGCUCGCACCUGCUGAGCGGGGGAGCCGCGGCGACGCUCGGGGUGCAGCUGGGCCCCAGGCUCGAGCCUCAGGCCCAGGCUCGGCUCAAGGAGACGCUCACCGAGCAGCUGGCAGAGUUCCUCGAAUCCAAGGUGGAAUACACCAUGCGCCGGCUGGGUGGGCUGGAGAUGAAGACGCUGUACGUGGGGCCAAGUGAGGCCGUGAGCGCAGAGCCCGAUUGGCCGGGCCUCUUCCCCAUGGCCGAGAGUCGGCCCCACCCCACCAAGGGCGGCGUGGCCGUCAACUCCUACCUCACCUACGGCUGCCUCCUGGAGGGCUCGGACAGCAUGUACGGCGAGUGUCUGCGAGUCUUCUGGACGUGUCCGCGCUGCGAGCUGCACAUGCCGCUGACGCCGCUCGAGAGGCUGCAACACAGCGACGCGUGCAGCCGGGCGGCGGAGGAGCAGCAGCAGCAGCAGGCCACGUCCCAGGGCCCCGGAUGCACGGGGACAAUGCCCGCACGCCUGCAGCAGCUCUACCACUGCGACGAGUGUGGGCAGGACCUGCAGCUCGCCCCCACGGAGAUCCUCAAGCACAAGAGGAGCCACAAGGAUGGCAGCGGACACGCCACCGAGAGCUCCCAUCCGGUCAAAUGUGCGGAGGCGGCUCGUGAUUCCACGCCAGGAUAGGAAAAGCAACUGGCCAAAACUUGACUGUCACCAGAGUCGAGAAGAGGAACGCUGUUGUCAGCCUAGUUUUUAUUUAUAAUUAAAAGUCUUUUAAUACAAAUUCAGCUAUGUAUAUAGAUGUGAACCUCGCAUGUGAAAGACUGAUAAAAUAAACAUCUGUGAUAAGAA